ACCUUGAACGCUUACUCAGUGUGAUUAUUUCUGGAUAGCCAAUGAAGGGUAAACCUUUUGCCAGCCCCAAAACUAGGUGAGCAGCUCUACAUUCAAAAAGGAAGAUAAAGCCUCUGUGUGGAGCUGAAACUCAGUACACUGUUCCUGCAUAUCAAGUAAGUUUACUCUCUGUGAUUUGGAAGACAGAGGAGCGUAGGCGCUGCAUCAUGGGAAGAAAAUCACUGUACCUUCUGAGCGUGGGCAUCCUCUUAGCGUAUUACGUUUACACACCUCUCCCAGAGAAUUUUGAGGAGCCAUGGAGGAUGAUGUUGUUCAACACAUAUCUGAAAUCUGCAGUGCAUUUGGCUACAUUUCUGGAGAUGCUGGGACUCAACCAUUUGAUGGAUUCCAUGAUGAUUGGUAUGAGUUUUGAUGAAGUUCCACCAACCUCAGAUGAAAAUGUCGCUGUGACUGAGACAACAUUCAACCAUAUUCCUGUCCGUGUGUACGUGCCCAAGAGGAAGUCAGAAGCCCUGAGGAGGGGUGUGUUUUACAUCCAUGGCGGUGGUUGGUGUUUGGGAAGUGCUGCUUUAAAAGGUUAUGACUCACUGUCAAGAUGGACAGCAGACAGACUUGAUGCUGUUGUCAUAUCAACUGACUACAGAUUAGCCCCUAAGUAUCAUUUCCCAACUCAAUUUGAAGAUGUGUAUAAUGCCUUAAAGUGGUUCUUACGUGAAAAAGUUCUUGCAAAAUACGGCGUGAACCCUGAGAGGGUUGCUGUUUCUGGAGACAGCGCGGGAGGAAAUUUAGCGGCAGCAGUAACGCAACAGCUCUUAGAUGAUCCGGAUGUCAAGAUCAAACUCAAGGUCCAGUCUUUAAUUUAUCCUGCCCUUCAGCCUCUUGACGUAGAUACACCAUCAUACCAAGGAUAUUCGCAUUUUCCUGUUCUGUCCAAAUCACUCAUGGUCAGGUUCUGGAGUGAAUAUUUUACUACAGAUAGAUCACUUGAGAAAGCCAUGCUUUCCCACCAACAUGUUCCUGUGGAAUCAAGUCACUUAUUCAAGUUUGUUAAUUGGAGUUCCUUGCUCCCUGAGAGGUUUAUAAAAGGAUAUGUGUAUAACAAUCCAAUUUAUGGCAGUUCUGAGCUAUCAAAGAAAUAUCCAGGAUUCCUGGAUGUGAGGGCAGCCCCCCUGUUGGCUGAUGACCACAAGUUGCGUGGUUUACCUCUGACCUACAUCAUCACCUGUCAGUAUGACGUGUUAAGAGACGAUGGACUCAUGUAUGUCUCCCGACUUCGGAACGCUGGAGUUAGGGUGACCCAUAACCACGUUGAGGACGGAUUCCAUGGAUCGUUUUCACUUCUGAAUUUUAAAAUUGGUUACAGGCUCAUCAAUCAGUAUAUUAGCUGGCUAAGUGAAAAUCUAUAGCAGAAUAUUUAUCAACGAUAUAUUUUAAAAAUAAAGCAAAUUUCAAUACAUCAGAAAAUCUAGAUGUUAGAAAUUGGCCUUUCUUGGUCUCUGUAAGGUCUAUGUACAGCAUAAUGAUUAUUUUCUGUUUUUCUUUUUUACUCUGAGGGAUUUCAUUUAGUUUUCCACAUUGUGUAUCUGGUAAUUCAAUGAGGUUUUUCCUCUUAACGAAUAUAAUCUUACUUUUUAAAAUA